CAACCUGAAGUUGGAAGGGAUCUCUCUCUCUCUUCUUUUGCGCAUGUGAUGUGCCAACAUUCUCCAAACACGUUCCCUCCCACCAGAAUCUUGAUUCUUUACAUCUCCUCAAUCUUCCCCCUACCACCUUUGCUAUUUCACAUUUUUAUGCCUAAAAAUCUGGUCUUUCAGCCUCAAAAUUAACUCAUACUAGUCAAGAUUAGACUAAUAAAGAGUCUUUUUCCAUUUAUAUCUCCUUAAAUAACAUUUACUAAUUGUCAAAAGUUGAUUAGUCCUGCCCAUUCUCUGUAUUUUCUUAAUUCUUCAUCACAAUUUUUUUUCCAAAUUAAUCUGCUUCUGCAUUCAAUUCUAAACGGUUACUGUAAAGUUCCAGUCUUUACAGUAAUUUGACCAAGUCUGAAGCUUGGUUUUGCAAUUUUUGAGGGUUUUGAAAAAAUAGUUUUAUGCUAGAUUGUUGAUACCCAGAAGGGGAACAGUUGAUGGUUAAUUAGAUGCAAUCAAGAGUUGUUCAAAUGGUGGAGGAGAAUAAAGAUCCAUUAGUUGUACCUAGGACUAAUGGCAUAACUAGGGCUUUGCCACAAAGGCUGCUACACUUGCUGAUGUUGUUUCUGUUUUUGUGUUUUACUUUUUCUGUGGCUAGUAUUUAUAUGAUCAAGUAUUUUGGAUUUCAUAGCAUAGUUCCUACAAUAAAGCCUAGUUUAUUGCCAUGUCUUGAGGAAGAAUCUAAAAAUUUAGAUAGUUGGAUUAAUCCUCCAUCUAAUUUGCUACAUACUAUGUCUGAUAAAGAGUUGUUAUGGAGGGCUUCAAUGGUGCCCAGGGUAAAGAAGUAUCCGUUUAAGAGGGUUCCUAAGAUUGCAUUCAUGUUCUUGACUAAAGGACCAUUGCCAUUGGCACCUAUUUGGGAGAGGUUUUUUAAGGGGCAUCAGGGGUUUUAUUCAAUUUAUAUUCAUUCAUUGCCAUCAUUUGAGGCUGAUUUCCCAGUCUCGUCAGUGUUUUACAAGAGGCAAAUUCCCAGCCAGGUGACAGAAUGGGGAAAGAUGAGUAUGUGUGAUGCCGAGAGAAGACUCCUUGCAAAUGCAUUGCUCGACAUCUCCAACGAGUGGUUUGUUCUGCUUUCUGAGUCAUGCAUUCCGCUCUACAAUUUCAAUGUCAUCUACAAGUACAUAAGUCAGUCAAAGCAUAGCUUUGUUGGUGCAUUUGAUGAUCCUGGACCAUAUGGAAGAGGACGUUAUGAUGAGAAUAUGUUACCAGAGGUUAACGUUUCUCAGUGGCGCAAAGGAUCACAAUGGUUUGAAAUGAGUAGGAAGCUUGCCCUUUUCAUAGUCGAAGACACAAUAUUCUACCCCAAGUUUGCUGAGUUUUGCAGGCCAGCAUGUUACGUAGACGAGCACUACUUCCCAACAAUGCUGACUAUUCAAGCAUCAAAUCUCUUGGCAAACAGAAGUAUAACAUGGGUUGACUGGUCGAGGGGCGGAGCUCACCCUGCCACUUUUGGAAAAUCAGAUAUCACAGAAGAGUUUAUGAAGAGAAUGCUGCAAGGACAAAACUGUACGUACAACAACCGAAACACAUCAAUCUGCUAUCUGUUUGCAAGGAAGUUUGCUCCAAGUGCUUUGGAACCUCUGUUUCUGCUAGCCCCAAAAUACUUAGGUUUCUAGAUUAUAAAAAUCUAAUAUCUGUUCUAUUAACGACUUCACUCGUGAGAUUAUACCGAGUAUUUUCUUGUUGUUGUAGUCCCCGGUAGGUUAAAGAUAGGCCAUUAUCUGCCUAUCAUGUUGAUUUUAUUGUUGGACUUCGUUGCUGAUACACUUAGAUGAUGUACAUGCAUCAGAGUUAGUUAGCCUAAAAUGUGACUGCUAUGGACCCGUUUGUACAUGUGAUAUGAAAUUAUGAUGUGAGAUUGAAGUUUUGUUUGAA